UAAACCAGUCGAUACUGUUUCAAUUCAGAGUUGACUGUUUACUGAAAUGCUGAAAGCACGUAUAUUUUCUAUGUUUGAAAAUUAAUCAUCGUAUCAAAACUCAAAAAAGUGUUGUAACUCUUUUGGCACAAUGGAUCAACAAGUCAGGAAAAAUAAUUUGCUUAUGUUUGCCAUCGAAGACCAAGAUCACACAGAAAUAAACCGACUGUUAACCAACGGUGCUGAUCCAAAUUUUGUCGAUGCCAACUGCACCAAUGGACUGUGCACUCCAUUGCACAUAGCUGUGGCAGAAUGUGAUCCGAAAUCAGUGGAAAUUCUGCUCCGCUGGGGUGCCAAAUUCGACACCAAACUCAGAAAUCACAAGUCUCCUUGGGAGCUGGCUAAAAGUGACUUUCAAAUCAGACCCAUCUUUGAGGAGCACUUCCGAUGCACUCCGAGACUUUCGGUAGCCAAGAAUUCAUCAAACCCUACAACUUCAAGUGAAGGUGAAUACCACCGACGUCCGGGAUCUGCGGGAAUUUCUGGCCAGCUGUACGAGGCCCGUUUGAUGGCGCUGGUUUAUCUCCGGUUGGAACGCCUGGGAUGCCAAUUUUAUCUUGGAUCCAACGUGGACGGAAUAGGAAACUUUGACGAUCUGGUCGUGCGGUAUCGCUGUGAAGGUGCAGAUCGGGACACUUUGCUGUUUGUUCAGGCCAAACAUCGUGAAGACCCUGACAAAAAUAAAAUCAAGUUUGCAGCUGUUGAGGAUGUUAUGUGUGAAAAGGGUGACUUUAGUGUGCAUACAAAUUUCAAGAACUAUUUGAUGAUUCGUGAACAAUUCGGUCGAGACAGAUCCGGGGGAUUCUUUGAAGGAAAUUUCGAGGAUUUAGAUGUGGAGCUAGUUUUGUACACUUCAGCAAAGUACGAGUAUACGUUGGUACGUAAAGUUAGCAACAGUGAUUUGCUAAAGACAAAUGACGAAGGUGGAAUAUUGCAAGUAGACGAUGAAAGUGAAAUUAUAACAAAUUUGUGUAAAUCGGCCGAUAAAAAUAUGGUUAAAAACAUUCUUCAAUCAGAAAAAAAACUCAUUGGUUUUAAUGGUAUAAAAUAUCUUGCAAAUGAUUUUUUGAAAAAGUUUCGUAUUUAUUUUAAUCAAGCAAAAGAGGAUUCAGUACGGAGAAUUGUUUUAAAUGAAUUCGACGACAGAUUAUAUGCUUUAGAGUUUUUAGAUGUUAUACAAAUGCACUGGAUGCAAAGUGGAAUAGUCAAAUUUCUUACUGAAACCUGUAAUCUUUUCCCAAUUGUUAAUAUAUGUUGUGUACGAAGUAAUUCAAGUGGGCCUGUUUUUGCUGAAAAUCAAAUGGAAGUUGUAGAAUAUCUCCCUACAACAAGACUUAACAUCAGGCUGCUAUUUGAAAUUGAAGACAAAAAUCAUAGAAAAAUGCUAGAACUGCUGCAUUUUGAAAAGGCUGAUGCCAACUUCUUUGAUGCAAACGCUACAAACGGAAACAGUACCCCACUGCACAUGGCUGUGGCCAUGAAUGAUCCGAUAUCGGUGCAAAUUCUACUCAAUGCUGGAGCCAAACUUAUCGCCAGGAACAACAAAGGGGAAAGUGCUUGCGAGAUGGCUUUACGACUAAAAUAUGCUGACGUUUUGAAUGUAGUUCAUAAUUUUAUUGUGACGAAAUUAGGAAUUAGGGUGUUAAAUGUUGAAUAAGUCCAAUAAGCUUCUCACCAUUUCGUUUUCAAUAAACAAAACUGAAACUUUUU